AUGAUGCAAUUCCCCUAGAGAGUCUUUUUCAGACUCUAUCCAAGCUAACAAAAGGAAACUGAUACCUUAGAAGGUGAUCAUUUAAGAACCACUGUUGGUGUACUUUGCAUUUUGCAUUCAGUUUUCUUCCUUGUCUCACUCACGGUAAUUGGAUUCUACUCCAUGCUUAUGGAAGUUGCCUAUGCUGUGUGGUUGUAUUCUUGCUAUUUAACUUUGAAAGAAUGGCAAGUUGUCCUCUAUAUCAUUGCACUAUUUUUUGGUUUUGCUCAUGGUAUCUUCAAUCUCUUCCAAUUUAGUGACAUGAGAUUACUCUUCUACAUUAUUAACUUGGUUUACUAUGGUUGUGCGCUGUUUUUCAUAAUCAAAAACUAUAAGGACUUCAGAGUUACUGGUGGUAUUCACGGUGCAGAAGGUACUUAAAAAGUAAAAGCACCUAAGGAAGUCAGCUCAACAAAAGGAGGAGAAAAAUCAUCUGAAAAGAAGAAAGGCAAAAAGACGAUUGAUUCCAAAAAAGAGGGAUUAGUUGUUCCUUUAUUAGAAGAAGGAUAGAAGCCUCAACAUUUAGAUAAUGAUAAUGAAAAAGGACCAGGAAGGGCUUGA